GCCGUUGAAAAACCACAAAAGCCGCUGUAGCUUAGUUCGGUGAUUCAAUGGCGACGGUGACGACGGUGAAUGUCAAACUUUCUCGAUCUAACCGAAUCUAUCGCUCCUCCGAACCAGUGGAAGGAAAAAUUGUGAUAAAAUCUGCAACUUCUAUUUCGCAUCAACCAAUACGUUUAUCCGUCAAUGGAUCAGUCAACUUGCAGGUUCGUGGAGGAUCAGCUGGAGUUAUUGAGUCUUUCUAUGGUGUCAUCAAGCCUAUUCAAAUCGUCAAAAAGACGAUCGAAGUUAGAUCCUCUGGCAAAAUCCCUCCAGGAACUACAGAGAUACCAUUCUCGUUGAAUCUGAGGGAGCCUGGGGAAAGCAUUGUAGAAAAGUUCUACGAGACAUUUCAUGGAACAAAUAUCAACAUCCAAUAUCUACUAACUGCAGAUAUACCGCGAGGAUACUUGCACAAACCUUUAUCUGCAACAAUGGAGUUUAUUAUUGAGAGCGGUAGAGUUGAUCUUCCCGAGCGGCCAAUUCCUCCAGAAAUGGUAAUCUUCUACAUCACUCAAGACACACAGAGACAUCCGUUGCUACCCGAGAUUAAGACAGGUGGUUUCCGAGUUACUGGAAAAUUAGCCACCCAAUGCUCUUUGCAGGAUCCACUCAGUGGCGAGUUAACGGUGGAAGCAUCUUCAGUUCCUAUUACUUCUAUCGACAUUCACCUACUCCGCGUCGAGUCAAUAAUUGUGGGGGAAAGGAUUGUCACUGAGACCUCUUUGAUUCAGUCUACACAGGUGUUAACUAUGACCAUUUUGCUAGUUGUAAUAUCGAAAUGCUUUGCUAAUCAAGACCAUGUUCAGAUUGCGGAUGGAGAUGUGUGCCGUAACAUGAGUCUACCCAUUUACGUUUUACUUCCUCGGCUUUUGAUGUGUCCUUCCGUUUUCGCAGGUCCCUUCUCAGUAGAAUUUAAGGUAUGCAUCACCAUAAGUUUUAAAUCGAAGCUAGCCAAAGCACAACCAAAGUCUGAUCCAACAGCUCCAAGACUCUGGAUGGCACUGGAGAGAUUACCGCUGGAACUUGUCCGGACAAAGCGAGAUCAGUUCAGCUGCUAAAGAACAAGCUAACAUAUAAACUCAACACAUGUUUCUUUGUUUGUCAUAUACUCAUAUGCAUACACUUGGCCUUGGAGUCGUAUGCUUCCUAGCUUGAUCUGCCUGCCUACUUAGGAGGUUAAAAUCGUGUCUGCGAGUACAAAUUCCGAUUUUGUUACCCUGCCCCAAUGUUUGUUACUAUGUAGACUCCAAGAUGUUCCUACUAUGUUUUAAAAAGGGAAAGAAGGGCUCAAAACACA